GAGGGCCCUUGUAUCAUGCCGUAUUUCUGGUUUCCACCUCCAAAUUUCGGCUCGCGUUAACCGCCCGAUCCAUUUGCGCGGCCCAGAUCGAGUCUGCGGGCGCGUCUGGAACGUACUUUUGCGCAGAGACCCCCCUCUUUGUCUCCAAUUUUGGUUCUCGACCGUCCUGGGGCGCGGCGCGACGCGACGGCGGUCUGAGGGCGGCGGAGCUCCGGUGACCGGCUGGGCGAUCCGCGACUUCCUCUUCGGGAACUGCGGCUGAGGCCGCUGGAUUUCUCCCUCCCUCACCAUGGCGUCCUCCAUUUCCGCCUCCUCUCCCCACCGGAAGCUGCUCCGCUCCUUGGUAUACUCGGCAGUGCAGCGCUGCCGGAUGUCCGAGUCGCCGUGCAGGCUCACGGUCUCUGUCAAACGCCCCGCCGAAGCCGCCAGCGCCUCGCUGCUGCGUGUAUCCGUUUCGGACACUGGGGUGGGGAGCAAACUGGAGGAGUUCCUGGAGCUCGACGUCCUGGCGCGUGAGACUCCCGUGGAGAAAUGGGAUGGCACUCUCCUAAUCACAACUACUGGAAUCAAUGAUGAAGCCAUUUAUCGUUAUCAUUUUAAUCUUCAGGAGGAGAUAUCAAGUGCAAGAUUCACCAAGCUGGCUACCACAUACAAAAAUCAUGCAACAUUCAGUGGAACCGAAGUCUGCCUUUGUCUCUCAAAUGAAGCUGAUGCUGAUGAUUUUAUAUUAUGGUUGGUUUCUUCCAUAAGGUCUAUACUCAUCCUGAGAGCACCAAAUUUAGCAUGUGAGCUCUUUGUUGAGCAAAUAGGCAAUGCUGAAUCAAGAAAUGUCUGUCUACUACAAGAUUCUGAUGAUGUCCAUCAUUCUGUUAUGACGUCAAGUAGUGACCGGCUAGUUUCUGGCCUCAAAGACUAUGCACUCUCCCAUGGAAACACAUGUGAUAAGUGUGACACAUGCAUACUGAAUAGAGAUCUUCUUAAGAUUGGAACUGGAGCAGCAAACAGUGUAGAUAGAAGAAAAGCUAAAGGGCUACAUGUUGAAGUAGUCAUAGUGAUUGCACGCACUGCAUCUGAUUUAUGUUGUUGGACGGUAAAUUGUUCGUCCACACAGGUUUUGUAUUUUGAAGAUUUUGUACCUUGUCCUAUAUCACAAUCCUCUUUCGAUGUAUUGCUGAGCACAGAAUGGCAAAGCUAUGGCUUUAAGUUAAAAGGAGGUUUCAUAGAUGAUGAAGGAAAUACUGUUCUCGAGUGGAAUAACAUGCCAUUUGCUCGUGUUGACAUUGCGAUUCACACUUACCUUGAAUGUGCUAUGCAAGAAGGCCAGGGAUCUCAACAAGAUAGACACCUUGUAAGGAAGGCACUCAAGUCUGCAUUAUCUCACUUGAAAGCAGAUCACGCAGGAGACUUCCUCAGUUGUCAUGGUCAAAGGGUACGUGAAUAUGUUCCUGACCUUGCAGAAUCAAUCGCCGGGCUGAUCUUGUCGUCCAAUGAUAAAGAGUUUCAAGACGAAUGUGUCACGCUUCUUGGGCUAGGCUCAGAUCAAGACGUCUCAGAAGGGCUAGUUCAAUCCUCAAUCUGUGAGAAGAUGAUCCAUAUCAUAGUGCUGAAUGACACCAAGGAGAAUGUAGACGACAAUGCACCUUAUCUGUUCGAAUGUGAGAAGCUGGACGAAGAAGAUGGAGAUGAAGAUACGAUUUUCGAUUUCUAGCAUUCUCUCAUCAGUCUUGUAGUUGUGGUGCUCCACACUCCAGUACCCCCGCUGGCCGCUGGGCUACACUAGAGGCAGUUUAAGCAAAAAUUUAACGGCCGCUGCUCCUUCAUGUAUACAAGAAUGAGGAAAUGUAAUUGUGGUAUUUAGAGCAUUUCUAUGUUCCAGUUAAACUAAAUGCUCGUGUAGAGAUACUAGGACAGACGGAUCAUGAAAAUCUCUCUUCGCUGUUAAGAGUAAUUUUCUGGAUUCUGUUUUGAAUAACCACAUUUUCUUGUAUGUUUCACAAGAUUCAACAAUUC